UAUGCCAAAAACAACAGGAAGUGGUCACACAGACAACCUUUGUACUACCCCAGCUCCAGUCAAACUAAGAGGCCAGGCUACUGCUCGACACAUUUAACACAAUAUAUAACGCAUACUCCGUUUUAAGCAGGUUAAGUAACUUUACGACACUCCCUAUCUACUACUUACAACACGACCUUUGCCCUUCGCAUGCUCGCUGCUGUACAAAGCAUGCAGGGGGUAAUAACAGGAGGACUGUGCACACUUAGAAGGAGCCACAUCAUUAAAGACGUGCUUGUACAAUUGCCGAGGUUUGUAGCUCGUCGAAACAUGUCGUCGUCUCCUGGAACAAGGCCGGUUUCCUUACUGGGAACAAUGGCGUUUGGUGGGCGAGCUGACGCCGAGCAGAGCCUGGAGAUGGUGAAUGCUUUCUUGGGCAGGGGGCACGACAAAGUGGACACAGCCUUCAUGUACGUGGAUGGAAAGUCAGAGACAGUCAUUGGGGGCAUGAAUCUUCCCAAAACAGUAAGUAUAGCUACCAAGGCCAACCCCUGGGAUGGGAAGACGCUGAAGCCAGACAGCGUGCGCUCUCAACUGGAGAUUUCCCUUCAGAGGCUGAAGACUGACUGUGUGGACCUUUUCUAUCUCCAUGCCCCUGAUCACCUAAACCCCAUUGAAGACACACUUAGAGCCUGUAAUGAACUCCACAGAGAGGGUAAAUUCAAGGAGUUUGGCCUUUCAAACUAUGCAUCAUGGGAAGUUGCUGAAAUUGUGUGCAUCUGCAGACACAACAACUGGAUUGCGCCCACUGUAUAUCAGGGCAUGUACAAUGCCACCACAAGACAGGUAGAGACAGAGCUGCUGCCAUGUCUGAAAAACUACGGAAUUAAGUUCUACGCAUACAAUCCUCUUGCAGGUGGCCUUCUAACAGGAAAGUACCAUUUUGAAGAUAAAGAUGGUUCCCAGCCUUCAGGGCGAUUCUUUGGUAACAACUGGGCCAAAGCAUACCAGGACAGGUACUGGAAGUUGAGUCAUUUCCAGGCAAUAGAUGUGGUUAUUAAAUCCCUGGAGACAGCUUACGGAUCAAAGAAACCCACCAUGACAUCUGCUGCCAUGCGCUGGAUGUACCACCACUCUAAACUUCAGGGUGAUCUUGGUGAUGGAGUCAUCAUCGGCAUGUCAAGUAUGGAGCAACUUCAACAAAACUUGGCUGCCGCAGAGGAGGGUCCUCUGGAUGAGAGGGUGGUCGCCGCCUUUGAUGAGGCCUGGAAUCUUGUUGCCCACGAGUGUCCCAACUACUUCCGCUGAAAUCUCUUGUGACAGUCCUAUCAAAUACCAGAUUUAUCAAGGCUUUUUCCUCCAUUUGGUUUAUCCGAAAUCAUACGAUCACAUUUUGUAUUUUUCUUUACUAAUCAACAGACCAAUUUGAGACAGGUAUGUAUGGAUGCCUAAAAGCACUUCAUAAUUGAUGUACAAAUGUAUAAAAUAAAAACUGAAGAUUUUUUCUGAUAAAGCAA